AUGAAUUCUUCCAAUCUUCCUUAUGCCGCUGAUGCUGAAAGCCCAUUGAAACCUGCAGAGCUCCAGGUUCUACGUUCUCAAUAUGAAAAAGAAGGCGACUACGUGGGCGUCCAGACCAAAUUCAACUACGCCUGGGGCCUGAUCAAAUCCAAUUCCCGGUCUGAACAACAAGAGGGUGUCCGCCUGCUAUCCGAGAUCUUCCGCGCCUCCCCCGAACGACGUCGUGAGUGUCUUUACUACUUGGCCUUGGGCAACUACAAACUGGGCAACUACGGAGAAGCCCGUCGCUACAAUGAUCUGCUUCUAGACAGGGAACCGGGUAACCUGCAGUCGGCUAGUCUGAGAACCUUGAUCGAUGACAAAGUCUCCCGCGAAGGCCUCGUGGGUAUUGCCAUCAUCGGAGGCUUGGCCCUUGCGGCGGGGGUGGUGGGAGGCAUCCUCUUCCGGGGAUCAAAGCGAUAAAGCGACGGAUCGAGGUUGAUCUAGGGUCUGGGGCUUGGGGAGGGGUCUGUAUAUAUGAUGACGACGAAGACGAUGAUAUCCAUCUCCUGCUCUUGUUCUUUUCCUGCUGGUUUCGUUGUGUGAGUUGUGUUUUUGUCUGGGUCUGGUUUAGCAUGUCAUGUUCUUUGGGCGUUUCUGUUGAUAACACAGGACAAGAGAUGGCUUGAGACUGGAGAUUAUAAUAAUCUAUUCGUAUUUAUUUCUUC